UUUCUUCCGCUGCCAUGAAUAAAUGUUUCAAUAUGUACAAAUAUUCCGGGAAUAUCUAUUAGGCCAUUAACUAACAAAGCCGGAUCGCGUUUAAAUAGCGAUACAAAUAUUGCAGCGAUGUUUUGAAGAAUUUUGUUGUUCAUUUUAUAUAGGUUGCCUAUCCAGCUAUAAAAUUAAUAUAUGACAAGCUAUGUUGUGCAGUUAUAAAUAUAAGUUUAAUUUGAUUUUUCCCCAUCUAGACACGAUCUAGAUUACUUACAAUUAGUUAAUGACCUGAUCAUUCUUUUAGCUCAAAUCGAAAAUUGAACUAUACUUUUUGCGGCCUUUCAGCCUUUCUUCCUGCCGUGCCAAUUAAAGGUUCAAAUGAGAAAUUGUCAUACUUUCCCUCGAUAAUCUUCCAAGAACGAGACAAAAUUUUUAUGGCUGGCAGACAUUAUCAGUUGCGCGAUGCAAGUGCCAAGUUUCUCAUCAUCGUGCAUCCGCACGUGCGGUGAUUCUGGAGCGAAUAUGACACCGAAUAUACGUAUAUGAGCAGUACGUGCAAAGUCCACUCACGCAGUUUUCGCGACGGAUUAACCGCAUCAUCGAAAGACCAAUAUAUUUUAUCAAGUGCAUACACGUGUUUUCUGUCGAUAUCAUUUUCGUCAGUAUUUUCUCUAAACAUUUGUCAAACAUCACGAAGACACUUUUGCAAUAAUGAUGAUAUCAGAGUAUCUUACUGCAGAUGCUGCAGAAAGCUACAUUUAUGCAGAUAUACAAAGCUUUGUGCAAUCAAUUCUUCAAAUAUUGAGUUAAAAGUCCGUGCGAAUUUUGUUAAAAAAAUUUGCACGCACUUUCCGAUCGAACAAAUAUUUGUUAAUCAUCGUGAAAAUAUUUUACAAAUGUUGCAUAAGGAAAAAUAUAUUUAAUUUUUCAGAUUUAUUCACAGAGAUUAUAAAGAUUCGUAGAGAAGAAUAUUAAAUGCUUCUCUCUUCACCAACAUAAAAAUUAGUACGUUUUAAAUAAAAGAUAUGGCUAAAAAUUUAAUCCAAUAUAAUCUAAAAGAAUAAAAUAAAAAUAACGUAUACAGAUUAAUCGACCGAUUUUCCUUUUCGGAAUUUUCGUAUUUUUAUGUGCGAGCACACGGAAAUAACGCAUUUUAUCGCAAUGGCGAUAAAAAUGUCUGGAUUACUUCGCACAAGGAUUUUUCUCGCAUGUUGCCAAUUUGUACGUAUAGUUUUUUCGUAGGUAAACGAAAAUCACUGGUCGGUAACCAGAGAAAGGUCUACGAAUCCAGUUUGAAUUCGCCACUCUCGUAUUCCCGUCAACUAUCCGGACACUGUUGAGAGAAGUAGCCAAAGGCCAGCGCAACACUGCCAGAUCAAAUAUCUAUUUCCGUUGCAGCCAACGUAAAGCAUGCGUUUACAAGGUCUACAACCGGAAAUGACGCGGCUGCCUUUGUGAAAAGCGCAAGGGAAAAAACUAGCUUUUCCCCUCAGGGACUACUUUUUGCUAAAUUAAUAUCGUUCUCGCAGUCAUCUCAUAAAGUGCUGUAUGAAGCACAGCUGCUUCAAAGGGCAUCCUGUGCUUUGCAUUUUAUGGAGAGCUCAGUGCGAUGAAGUAAAGGUCGUAAUUAUAUUGUAAGCUUAGUAUUUUCCGAUCAAUAUCUUUUCCGACAUUAAUUAUUACAAUACUCGCUAAAAAUAUUUCUCAUUUUUUUAUUUAUCAUCCCUUACAAAUAAAUGUCUGACAAAUCCAAAUGCGCUAUGGAAAUAAAUAUUGACGUCAAUUUAAUCAGUCAAUCGAGAGUUAAAGAGUUAAUCGAAAUUAACUGAAAUGCAUAAGCAUAACGUGAUGAUGUUCUAGCAAUGUAAUCAGCGUACGUCGUAUUUCAUGCGCGAAUAAACGCGUUAACGACCACGCCGUGGUCGACACUACUUCCUUCGUUGUCGGUAGUAUCUCGAUGGCUAAGAACAUGUAAUGAACAAAAAAGCGAGUGUCAGCGUGCACGCGUGCGUCCAAAUCUUUGCGUGGUAACGGAACAUAUUUGCACGAGUAUGUGACGUGUGAUAUGUUAAUCGCGAUAAGACAUGUAUCGUGUCUGAGUAUUAUCUUUCCGCGAGAAACUGAAAGCGAGAGUAACGUCGCAAUGCUCGUCGAUCGAUGCGUUCGUCCUCGCAACGGAUUCUGCUGCAUCCUCCUGUUCCUUCUUUUAUUCACUCUUUUUAUUUCGUUUCUCGCAUUUUCCUCGAGUGUUUUCUACACUUCCGAUUUAAUGUGAAGCUGUUUCCUCGUGCGAAUGCUCGAUCGAAUGCGACGAAAGUGAUUAUUGCUUGUAUCUAUAUUCACGUUUGUGACAGAAUUUUGCGGAUAAAAAUUUUCUUUCUUUCUUUUUAUAUAAUGAAAGUGAACAUCGUAUCGAAAACUUGUCUUGAAAGCAAUUGACGAUGACGAUGAUACUGUGGUGUCCAAGAAGCGCGAUUCAUUAAUGAGAAACAGCUGAGACGUUCAUAACAAUUGGACUGUUUGACCCGUUUUUAUUGGCGGGUUAUACGAGCGGGAAGCUCGCCAGAGAACACGAUUGCACUUCAUAGUCCGAUCAGUCGCAUACAAGUCGCGUUCUUCGUCUCAACCGAUUUCCAUCGAUAAGAAAAUUGUAUAUAUAUUUAUGAAUCUCCAGCGUUCUUCUGCAUUUGCGUUUUUCCAGGCAACGCGAACAAGACACGACCUAGACACACGGCGCAGUUGGUCUCGUUCCGAGAGAAUCGAGAGAAACACCUGGCAAGGAACGAGACUUGGGUCACGCAAAUCAAACAACAUUAAAUCGCCUCUAGGGCUUCUAUUUUUGUCCUGAGAAGUGGGACUGGCUCCACCACAUCGUCUUUUCGCGCAGUCAUCUCGUUAGUUCACCGAGUCGGAUAUGCUCGCAAGUGACCGGGAUAAUAACAAAAUCGCUACGAUAACCGGUGAGAAGCCUUCCUUUGUGACGUCUGCAGAAGGUAAUGUUAACGUUAAUGAAUCUACUGACCUCGAUAAAGCCAUCUCUACAACUGGAUAUGGAUUAUUCAAUGUAUUGCUAUUACUGGCCACGCUGCCAAUCGCAUGGACCGCCGUUUUUGACACUACUUCCGGUGCAUUUAUCUUGGCUUCGGCCGAGUGCGAUCUUCAACUCACGUUUUUUCGCAAAGGCAUGCUCGUUGCAUUUCCUUAUGUAGCUAUGAUAAUGACUUCAUUCAUAUGGGAUUACAUCACACCCUACAUAGGCAUGAAAAUAUUAUUUAUUCUCGCAAUGUUAGGUGAUGCGAUUUUAAAUAUCUUAAGCAGCGGCAUACACUCCUACUAUGUGUUUCUACUAGUCAAAUUUAUUAGCGGGAUAUUGGUAGGCGGCCCGUUAGCGAUGGUGAUGACGUACCUGACGGAAUUCCAUUCGGCGAGGUACAAGCCGCGCUUCGCCACAUGGGCGGGAUUUCUCUUCGCGGUGGCGAACAUCGUGCCAGCAGCUCUCGGUUUCACGAUAUUGCCGCUAAACUGGCACAUCGACGUCUUCGGCCAAGACUACGACUCUUGGCGUAUAUAUCUAUUGAUCUGCUCGAUACUACCAGUCGUCGGCCUCAUGACAGCGACUAUGUUGCCGGAAAGCCCUAAGUACCUCAUGGCGAUUGGCAAGCCGGACGCUGCUUUGAAAUUGCUCAGGAGGAUGUACUGUAUGAACACCAGGCAACCUCCGGAAACAUUUCCGAUAAAAGCGCUGCUCGUUGGGCCAAAGGCGCAAUUGGCGCGUCCCGUGCUCGAGGCGAGCCUCGAGAGGUUGCGCGCCUCAUUGUACAACGUGAAACUACUGCUGAUGACGAUAGCUUACUUGCCCGCCUUCUGCUUCGUAAGUUUCCUCCAAUUUGGAAGUAUGCUCGGAUUCAACGUCAUGAGGUUGUGGGUUCCGCAUCUCUUCAUCAUCCUCAACAACUUUGAUGCGGAGAAUUGGACACCCGAAGGCAGGCAGCCGACCAUGUGCGAGAUGUUGGACCGGCACGCGGCUCUACCAGGCAGGCGGUACUUGAACUGCUCGAACUUUGAUGAUGCAUGCUUCAGGUGGACUAUCAAUCCCACGGUUUAUCAAAAUUCCACCAUCAUCGCAUCAUCGGCGGUUAUAUUCUCAUUCCUCAUUGGAUUCAUAACGACCACCAAGCUCCGAAAGCAAAUUAUAAUGCUCAUGGCCUUCCUGAUAUCGGUGGCAAGCAGUUUCGGGAUAAAUUGGGCGCAGUCUCCGCCGUAUAUGCUGACACUGGCGGCGGCGGUUAUCGUGACGACAAGAAUAGCGGGUAAUAUCGUUACCGCGGUGAAUGUCGACGUUAUUCCCGUCCCAUUAAGGGCAACAAGCACCAACAUCCUCACGACCAUUGGAAAUAUCGCCGCUAUUGUGGGGAAUUUGAUUUUCUCCGCGCUCUUGGGCACCGAAUGCAUCGUCGCUUUCAUGGGAUUGGGCUGCUUCUUCUUCGUGUGCUGUUGUGUAUGCCUAUUCUUUCCUCAACCCGUGAAAGAGUCGCCGAAGAAACUUGCCGAAGCUGAUACAUCAAAAGAGAAUAACAAGAGACAUUUGAAUCAUUCACAAGGAACAUCCACAUAAUUUAGGAUUGUGAAACAUUGAUUAAGUAGAUAGUUGCUGUGAUAUUUUUCUAGAAAAAUUUACUUGAAAAAAUGUUUUUAAAUAUAUUAAAAAAUUCAAUAAAUUAUAAAUACCAAUAAAUAAAUUCAAUACAUUAUAAUUAUAAAUUAUACUUCCUUCUUUUCACAGAGAAAGUAGACGCCAUUCAAUUUUGUCAUAGAACUUCCCAAGUUUCUCUUCUUUUAUUUCUAAAUCGAUAUUUUUAAACAAUCUAAUGAAAAUAAUUAACUUAUUUACUUAUUUAUAAAAUGACUUACAAUAAAACAAAUACUUUUAAAAUAAAACAAGACUUUGAUGGAAAUUUUGCGUUUUCUUGCUAUAUUACAACAUGGCAAUCUUCCCACGUAAAAGUUUAUGGCGUAUGAAGCAAGAAACAGGUACGAAUAUAAAGUUGUUUCUUAUAACAAUAAAAAUCUCGUUUUAUUACCAAAUAGCGUCUUUAAUCUCAACAACCACCAUAAACAGCUUUAUUCGUAUGCACGUUGUAUGCAUGUAACAAUGCGUUUCUCAAAACGUCAUAUUUCCUGAUUACAUUUUUACAUUUUUCUCAACGCAAUAAAAAAAAUGCAAUAAGA